AUGACUGCACGAAACAUAACCACGAUGAGUGGAUUUCUCCUCAUGGGGUUCUCUGACAACCACGAGCUGCAGGUCUUACAGGCUUUGCUCUUCUUGGUGACAUACCUAUUGGGCUCAGCAGGUAACUUCAUCAUUAUCACCAUCACAACACUGGACCCUCAGCUCCAGUCUCCAAUGUAUUACUUUCUGAAGCAUCUUUCCAUUCUGGACUUCUCAUCCUUCUCUGUCACAAUUCCCCAGUAUGUUUAUAGUUCACUGGCUCAAAGUGGUUACAUUUCAUAUGGCCAGUGCAUGAUGCAGGUUUUUUUCUUCACUGGUUUGGCCUGGAGUGAAUUGGCCAUUCUCACAGUGAUGUCUUAUGACCGCUAUGUGGCCAUCUGCCUCCCACUGCUAUGAGGUCAUCAUGGUCCCAGAAAGUGCACUUGGGUUGUGGCAGCUGUGUGGCUAAGUGGAAGCAUCUCAGGGACAUUAUACACAGCGAGUACACUCUCUAUCAGAUUCUGUGGGGACAAAAUAAUUCACCAGUUCUUCUGUGAUGUCCCCCAGUUGCUCAAGAUCUCUUGCUUUAAUGAUUACUUUGGAGUAGUGAAAGUGACUGCUUUCAUGUCUGUAUUGGUCUUUGCCUGCUUCAUGGGGAUUGCCUCCUCAUAUGGCCAGAUAUUCUCUACAGUUCUCAGGAUUCCCUCUGCAGAGGGUCAAUCUAAGGUCUUCUCUACCUGCCUGCCCCAUCUCUUUGUUGUUUCAUUUUUUCUUUCAACAGGCAUUUGUGCCUAUCUAAACACAACCUCAGACUCUUCAACUGCUUUAGACUUCAUACUUUCUAUUUUUUACACUGUACUACCCCCAACCCUCAACCCUGUUAUCUAUAGUCUGAGAAAUGAGUCCUUUAAGGGAGCUGUAAAGAAGUUACUGUUCAGUGAAGAAUUCAUUGGGAAAAUUUUUUUUUGUUCUGUUGUUCAUGCCUGCCAACAAUGGACACAAAGAAUAUUUUUCAUAUGUUGA